AUGACGUUGAGGUCUGCGCUGUCAACUUCACGAUCCAUAACCUUUGUCUCUGAUAGAGAGAAGGGAUUGACGAAAUGUGUGCUAGAAGUAUUUGAGAAUGCCCAUCAUGGUUACUCUAUGUUCUACCUGAUGGAAAACUUCAUGAGAGACUUGAAAGGUCCAUUCCAUGGAGAUGGAAGGGGUUCUUUGCCAGUAAAUUUCUUGGCUGCUGCCCGUGCUGUCCGUGUUGAUGCUUUUAAGAUGUUCACUGAACGAAUUAAACGGAUUUCUCCAAGAGCUUAUGAUUGGGUAAUGACAGUUGAGCCAGAACACUGGGCAGAUUCAGCAUUCAAGGGUGAGCGUUAUAGUCAGAUUACAUUCAACAUUGCGGAGUUGUAUGCUAAAUGGACACAGGAAGUCUGGCAGCUUCCCAUCAUACAAAAGAUUGAAAAGCUAAUAUCUAAGAUGAUGGAGUUGAUAAAUGACCGCCGGAAUAUUUCAAGUGAUUGGUCUUCAAAGCUUACUCCAUCAAAGGAAGAAAAAGUAGAGGAAGAAAGGAGAAGAGCUUGUGAUCUAAAAGUUCUAUUCUCAUCUGAUACCUUAUUUGAGGUUCACGAUACUUCAAUUAAUGUUGUUGAUAUCGACAAAAGGGACUGCAGCUGUCUGGCCUGGAAAGUAACAGGGCUGCCCUGUCGCCAUGCUAUUGCCGUUUUCAGUUGCACUGGCAGAAGCGUCUAUGAUUAUUGUUCGAACUACUUCACAGUUGACAACUUCCAUGUAACAUACUCGAAGUCUAUAAAUCUUUUCUUGUCUGUUUUCAAUCCCUCAGAUGAAGAAAAAGCAGGGUCGGAGGCAGAGACUGUUCUGCCCCCUUCGAUCUCUCGGCCUCCAAGCCAAGAGAAGAAAAAACCGAACAAAUCAAAGGGAAGGAUUAAACGUUUAGUUUUUUGUACCAGAUGCAAGGGAGCAGGACAUAACAAGGCUACGUGCAAAGAAAUCGAACAGGGCAUAAUAAGACUUACAUAA